AUGCACGAACUUGGACAUGCUCUCGGGUUUUGGCAUGAGCAGAGUCGACCAGACCGCGAUGGUGAGUUCUUGCAAUAUAUGAGUAUUGCGCUGUUAGGUUUUAUUGUCCACUUAUAGUACCGAUAACAUGUUAUGUGUUAUUCUGUUUUUGGCUUUAAUCUACGAUCGCGUAUUACCGCUAGUACUAAAUAACUUCAAGAGAUCCAUUUUCAGAAUAGCCGUCCUUCUUUUCGCCAAAGUAUUUAUCAAGCUGUAAUUACAUCAGUGGACACUGGAGAAUUUAAUUUGUGUAAUUUCAAAUGUCAUUUCGACAGGAGAUGCCGAACUGCGCGUCUUUAUUUUCUUUGUUUUUCUGCUUAAUAACAGCCUACGUGCAAAUCUUUACUGACGACAUCAAGUCCAAAAACCUGUUCAACUUUGACAAAAGGAGUCCGGACGAAAUCGAUUCCCUUGGCGAAACCUAUGACUACGAAUCGAUAAUGCACUACCACAGUGCUGCUUUCGCCAAACCUAAUGUCAGUGAGACUAUAAGACCUAGGGAAUGCUGUCCACGUCCACAAAUCGGUCAGCGAAUAAAGCCAAGUGCGGGUGACGUGAGACAAAUGAACAAACUCUACAAUUGCCCCUGUAAGUUUCAUAAUGUUAGUCAAAGUUAUUAGAGCCACCUGUCCACGAAACUUUAUGUCCUUGUGAUUAAGGUAUGUUCGUCAAAAUUGGUCGCUUCUUGUUUCUGAGGUUCAGUCUUCCUCUGCAGGUAGUUUUUAAAAAGUACUCUGUAUACUAAAUUUUAAUAUCUGAAUAAGUGGACACAAAAAUGCCUAAAACAUCACCCCCCCGCAUUGUAAGCGGACCACAAGUGCUGCGGGAAGUUGAGAAUAAGAUCAACUAUUAACGUAGACCUAGCAGAACGCAAAUGACUAAAUUGUUUUAAUUAUCAUCUUAUUUUAUCUUUAUUUGUGACGUUUGUAACAACCAUAUAUAUCUUGUUGUUAUUUGUUUUAACAGUUAUGCCUUGUGGCGUGGCUGACUCGUCCACGCUUAUUGAAUUUCGGUUUCUAGCGGCAUUUCAUUAAAUAACAAAAAUUCCAUGAUAAUAGAUGAAUUUGCAAUCUGGAAAUCAUGAACUCGAUAAUAGGUUCUGAAAUGCCUACUCAGAAACGCAAUUUCUAAAUUACAGUAUUCAUAUGUUACAUGACAAUUAGUAAUCUGUGACAGCAUUUCCAACUGAUUGUGGUAUGUACAUUUAUGAUCGAUCUCAUGAAUGGUUAAACUACAGUGUGAAAGACUAUUUCAGCAGUUGGAAAACUUAAGCAGAGAUUUAGUAUUGAGUACUUUGCAGCAUAACGUCAUAAUAUUUAAGGCGCGUUAGACGCUGUGUUUUAUAUUAACACCUUUUCGGCCACCUUCAAUGACUGCUUCUAUAGUGUGAACUUUUGUUUUAAUUUUUGGUGUCCGAAUAAACUGACCUUUAUUUAAUAGAAAGCCCGCAUAAAAUAUUCAUUUUGGCAAACUUUUGUUGUUCAGUCAUGUCUUCUUUAAAUUCCAUAUUAUAAGAAAGGGUAUCUUUCGUCUUCAAAGAUGUUUUAGCCAUCCUACCAUAAUUUUGAACUCGAUCUGCCGUUGCAAUGGCGUUUAGUGUUUUCAGUCUAUUAUCUGUAGACAUUCCUUGCAAGUAAAAAACAUUCAUUUAAUUAAGUAGUUACCAUAUCGGUCUCAUAAAAUUUUGCAACAGAUGUGGACUAUGUUAAAUAACUCAUGAGCAGCAUUACUGAACAGAACAAUAUCAUGCUUCUCGAGUGCACAUUAAGCGGCCCCAAAAGCCCCUAUAAUUAAACAUAUUCUUAAAACUGAAAGAUAUUCAUUCACUGAAUAUAAAAUUAAAGAAGACAUGAGCUGCUACUAACGUAGUUCAAUAAGAUUAUUGUUGAAUGUCUUCUAAAAAUUAUGUCUCACUUUAUAAGAGCACUAAAAAUCAAAGUAAAAUGUGCAAACUGACUGAGUAAUCAUGUUUAAUGAGCAUGGUCAUUGCAGGCUGCCAAAAAAGGGUCUAACAUAUCACGGCAUGGUGCAGCAGGAUAAGCUGUCUUUCAAUCCCGCUUUAGUUAUCCUCCCUGAUGGAAUACGCCUGUUAAAGUUUCGUUUGACGUUUCAUGACAUCGGUCGCUGGCUGUAAAUUGCUUUAUGCAUGUUUAACUAGUGAGGAUAAUUCAAUUACUAUUUUCGUUGCAAUAGCUAUUAUAAAGUGGCACCUUAGACAUAAUCCUGCACUGAUUCAGAUAGUAGGCGACACCAAAAGUUCCAUUCUACAUGAACAUUUCUGAUGACUAAAGAGCUUUUUCAUCCCAGCAUCGCCAAUAGCGUUUUAUAUUGAAUUGUUCAACGUUGUUAUCGUAGUGCAUGGUCCCAAUUACGAAUGUGACCUCCAUAUUGCUAAGCCAACCAGACUCGCACCGUUGUCCCAAUUAUUGUUUUAGCAUGUGGGCAGACGUUUGUGGAGUUCGCCGGUAAUUUUUCCUCCCCACAAACAAACCUCUUCAGUCCGAGUGCGGCCAACAGCGGUGAACAGGGUAAGCCGGUAGGAAGCGCCCGUUUUUUCAGAAGCCCGACUGGUCGACCCAACCUCAAACCCCAAAACACCGAUCCUCUCUACUGCCGGUGGAGAAUUUUAGGAGACAGUGGGGAACGUGUCUUACUUUUUAUCACGCAAAUGAACAUGCUUCCUCCCGAAAAUAGCCCGCAAAAUGAAACACAAAUGCCACAAAAUACUCAUGCCUGCAACAAGGAGUAUCUCGAAGUCAGGGAUGGAUAUUAUUCUGGAUCACGUCUGAUUGGUAAUUUGGAAUAGUCUAUUUCAUCUGUUACUCUUCAUAUUUAAUUGUUUCCUAAGCUGUUCUGCUCAUUUUUACGUUUUGUUCCCAAGGUUACAUAGUAUCGGCGCUUUGCUUAUUGGAGGUAACAGCGAUGCUAGUUAGUUUCUUGAAUGACUGCUUGAUGGUUCAUUUUAGGCAGCAUCCCGGCUUUAGUUUUACCGCAGCUAAUAAGAACUUGCAUAGGACAUUUAUGUUUGCAUUACGGGAAAUUCACUAACGUAUGCACCGUGCAGCCUCAGCGCUAGACAGUCGUGCUGCUACGAAAAUUUUUGCCAUGCUCAGUUCUUUCCAGUUUAUUUGAGGGAAACGUAGGUGUCGAACCUUUGAAUAAUAACAAAAUUUUCAAAAUGGCAACCUCAAACACCUGCAGAUUUUCUUUCGAAACCGAACAGAUAAGCGCAUUGUUCCAAGUGUCAAAAAACACUAACAUUGCCAAAUGCGCUUUAAAUUAGUCAGUCUAGGCAUAAUUGUGCCGUACGAUAUUGGUAAAAUCUUACUGCACUGUUGGAUAAGAAGUGAAUUCAGCAUUCACAUUUAAUGGAUUUGUGACAAUAAUCAAAUAAAAAUAAACGUCACUGAAAUGCAGAAUUCAACAUUGAUAUGUGAUAUCCCUAACGGGAUGUGUCACCUUAAAUAAAUUAAUUUGACACCUAUGGCUAGAUUUUCUACUAAAUGAGCAGAACAGAGAGUAUUUUGGGCAUGGUUUUCAUAAAAAAUAAUUGCAUUUUAAGGCCGUCAUUUCAUGAGUUAGUUGACCUACUGUGUAUCUGAGACCAUCACCAGUGAAUUCUCUAUCUUACCAAACUGUAUGUGGACUGCUUAUAACAUAACGUCGGAGCAGGUGCCUAGUUAAACUAUAUUUUGCACUUGUAUGGCGAGUUGGAAAUUAAAACUAUUUUGGGCUAUUGAAAUGACGUUCAGUUGCGUGCUGCAAACUAACUUUGCAAUAGGGAGCUUUGUCCUCUCCUCCAUCUUUCAGGUCGAUACUGCGGAACAGAUCUGCCACCAACACUGGUCACUCAGAGCCCAAGAAUGCUGAUUGAGUACAUAAGGCCCGCAGGUCAUUCUGGUUCUGGCUUUGCCGCCAACUACCGAAGUAAGCACAUUGAAUAA